AAUGUAAAUUCUCACCUUCGGACAAAAAAAAUAAAAAUAUUGCGGAAUCCAACCAUGACUAAUUCUACCCUGCUUUGCCUUGUCUUUUUGGUAGCCUCUUUUUCCUGUAGUCAUGGCCGAUUUGCCUUCAAACUCAUUUACUCCCCAAGGCCAAGGCAUCCAUCCUUACAAGACUACCGCGGCGAUGUUGUGGCUGAUGCUAGUAACAACGGCCAGUUCAUGGUAAAUAUUUCACUCGGUGAGCCACCAGUUCCCCAACUCCUUGUCAUGGACAGCGGUAGCGAUCUCUUGUGGACCCAGUGCCUCCCUUGCAUUAACUGCUUUAAACAAUUCACACCCAUUUUCGACCCUUCCAAAUCAUCCACAUAUAAAACUUUACCAUGCACCUCACCCUCCUGCACAGUAGGGUCCUCGGAGGACAAGUGCGACCCCAAUAAUAACUGUGAGUUCGACAUGACUUACGCUGACGGAUCCACCGCAAAUGGUGUUAUUGCAACUGAAAAAGUUACGUUGACGACGUCCGAUGAAGGUAUCACCUCUGUCUUGGACGUGCUGAUUGGAUGCGGACAUGAGAAUCAGGGAAUCUAUGGGCAGACUAGUGGGGUUCUUGGUCUAGGACCGGAAAAUGUAUCUUUGGUUAGGAAAUUAGGGUCCAAAUUUUCGUAUUGCAUUGGGAAUAUAAGGGAUCCUCAAUAUUCCUAUAACCAAUUGAUUUUAGGAAAUGAUGCAGUUUUACAAGGCGAUAACACUCCACUAGACAUUUAUGACGGAUUUUACUAUCUUACUAUGGAAGGCAUACGUAUUGGAGAAAAACGGCUAAAUAUUGAUCGUGGGGCUUUUGAAAGGACGGCGUCGGGGGAGGGUGGCACGGUUAUUGACUCCGGGACCACCGUCUCGUUCCUCGUUGAGGCUGCUUAUGGACCACUCAGCGCGGAGGUGAUUAGUUUGCUGCAAGGAAAGCUAGAACGCGUGAACGAUCCAAUUUUCUUGUGCUACAAGGGGAAUAUUAGCCGAGAUUUAACGGGCUUUCCAGUAGUUACUUUUGAGUUUGCUGGCGGGGCGGAGCUAGGAUUAGAUGUACUGAGCUUGUUUAUUGACAAUGGAUCAGGGGGGUUCUGCAUGGCUGUGCAGGAGUCUCGGAAUGACGAUCAGUGGAAUAUGAUAGGGGUAUUGGCACAACAGAAUUACAAUGUAGGGUAUGACCUUGUGGGGAAACAGCUUACUUUCCAAAGGAUUGAUUGCGAACUUCUUGAAUUGUCCAUCUAGUAAAAUUUAUUAAAAGAAUCUAUUUAUGUUGUUAUAUGGGUUUUUUAAAAAAUAAAAUUCAUUUUAAUUU